ACACUAAACAGCGCUUUUAAGGACAAAAGUAGCAUGAUUCUUAUUAGUGAGCUUCAAAGCGCACAGAUCGCGUGCCAACCAAUGGAAAUCCGUCCCUGCUUAAUCUGAGCUGUAUCAUAGCGACCGUACAGCAGCUUCCAGUGAACAGAAAGGGCGAAGGCGUAACACUUCCAGAAUAGAGAAAUUGUGUGGACCGGAAACAGGGUGGAAUGUUCAGUCCGGGUGUGCGAGAGACGAUUCAAAGUCGAAAUGGUGCGAUUCGGGAAAAACGGCGAGUGUCUCGAAAAACGUGAGCUUUUGCACAGUUUCAAAAAAAUGAGCCUGGAAUCUAAUGGAAAGCCCGAUAGCAACUGUGAUGCCGCAUUCCAACACGUACAAGAGAACAUCGACCAGUUGGAAGAGCGCAAUGAAAUCAAAGAAACUGACUUGAUAUUUCUGCAAAGACUGAUGGAUAGUCCCGUCCGCAAUAAUCUGGCCCAGGUUCAAGUCAGUGUAGAAAGCAAGCCGCCCAUUCUACCGCCGCCCGAAACUCUUCGAAGUUUGGACCUGCAUAAGGAUAUUUAUAUUAGAUGCUCCCGAUCCUGGAAUAGGGACGCGCGAGAGUUGGCCGAUAUCUUAAACCAGCCCCAUAUAAAGAGGAAGACUUGAAGCGAACACUCGAGGACAGUGCAAGCAUGCAAAGAACUUACGACAAAUACAUCGAUCAAGUCAUCACAAACAACGACUUCGAUAUGACGUUCCGGCAGAUUAUCGAAGCCCUGGAAGCCCUGACUACCGAACAUCAAUGGGUCCCCGUCAAUUGGAUCUAUUGAGCCCUUAGCCGGCAACUCACUUUAGAUUUAAGUAAAUUCAAGCGCCUAUAAAUCACCGAAGUUAAUUUAAGGAUUUUGAGAAGUCGCGACGAGUAGAUAAGGUUGAGACUGUUCCAUUAGUUAAUCAGCCGCUAGUUAGCUUAGCUCAAUAUAGUCAGUACAAAUUAGUCGCAUCGAAACUAUGAACUAUUGAAAACCCAUUUGAUACUAUCCAAGCCUUAUAGAGAGGGAUUGAUGAAUAGUUUACUCUUUUCAGUGUCCUGAAAUGCCUGCACUAUUAUUGAUUGAUUUUGAAAAAAUUAAAAAUAGGCGUUUUUUGAUAGAAAAUCAGGAAAAGCCAUCCAGUUACAUUUUACUAAGUAUUUAAAAUACUGAAAACCACCGAAAUAUUUUGCAAAAACCACUAGGUAUAAACAUGCAGACAGGUUCCACCCUGUAUAUAUCAACGAUAUGAUUUGCGACAGAUUUCACAUUACAUGUUAAGAAAUUAUUUAUUUAUAUUCUCUACUCAGUUACUGCAAAAUGGAAAUAAAUAAGCCAUUAUAUUAUAUAA